CAACUGUGGUGCGGACCAGACGCGCAUAUAAAAGCAGUUGUUUGUUGUUUCCCCGAAGUGCCGCUGCGUGUUUUUCUGUUCGCACGCGGGUUCCUGUGUGUUUGCGUCGGAGCGGAGGAGAAGACGAGCGACACGAACAAGAAAUAAAGAAAGAAAGAAAGUAAAAAGAGAGAGAGAGAGAGAGAGAGAAGUCCUCGGCUGUAAUUGGCAGCAGGUGUGAAUCCAUGUCUGUAUUCUCCCCGGAGAUUUACUGCCCAGUGUUUGUGCCCAGCCGAGAUAUGACGGAGGUGAUGAUCAACACCACCCCUAUGGAGGACAUGAGGCUCAGCCCCAGCAAGGACAGACUCUCCUUCCAGAUAUUCCCCGACCCCUCAGACUUCGACCGCUGCUGCAAGCUCAAAGAUCGCCUGCCGUCCAUCGUGGUUGAGCCGACAGAGGGAGAGGUCGAGAGCGGAGAGCUUCGCUGGCCACCGGAGGAGUUCCUCAUCAGUGGCGAGGAGGAAGAGGAGGAGGACGAUGAAGAGGAAGAGGAACACAAUAAUGGCAUUCAAAAUGGACAGGCCACGCAGAAUUCUCAGCACUAGAGGCCGCACUGAGGCACCCACGCUCCCCCGUUCUGUUUCUUUCUGGCCCACUCUCCCUGUCACACACUGGUUACACUUCACCUCAGCGCUCGGCAGACUGACACCUGGCGGACGCACGGGCAGUGUCUCGUGAUGCCAUCUCUCCGCCCUCGACACCAAAGCACUCCUGCAAGACAAGGCAACACAAACCCACACACAUUCUCACAAUAAUUUAUCCUCCUGGACUCACCCCCAAACUGACUUGAAAAGAACACACACACACACACACACACCUCUCUAGCAAACACUCACUUUCUACCAUGCCUCCCUACCGCUGCGUUUGUGUCUCAGCCCAGAACGGAUGUCCCGUGUGACGGCGGCAGCUCAGUGCCUCACGGACAGGUCUUAUGCUGCAGGGAGGGGGGGGGCACUACCGCUCUGUACCUUACUUCAAAAUGGCCGGCGUCAUGACCCCAGAGACUUUUACUCGCAUACAGAACCAAUUGUGGUACCUGUAUAGGAUUACUGUCUACAGCUCACUGUUUCGGUUUCUGGAUUGAUAUGAUUAUUGUGAUCGCCGCAGCUGUCCAUAGAUUUGUUUUGUUUCUGAGGAGAAGUUUGGUGAUUUGCCUUUGUGGGGUAUUUUGUGCAAAAUGUUACUUGGUUUUUUUUUUUUUUUUUCCCCCAUCACUGGAUUUGUUUAAGUUAAAUAUAUAAAUUUCUGGCCUGCGAUUACAAUAAAAAGGCAAGAUUUAAUCAUAUUAAUGAAUAAGGUUAAAGAGGGGGAGAAAAACGGUUAUGAAUACUUAAGUCCUAAAUUAAUUUAGGACACAGUCAUGCAACGAUCGUCAGCACGUUGGCCUCUUGUAGUCAUGAGACAAGCUGCAGGUCAAUGACAAAGCAAAGAUAAUGUGACGUAAGCAGCUUGUCCAGAAGGCGAGGGCUGGCUAACCACGAGGGGAGAUUUAAAUGUACAGCCCCGAUGAAGGAUGUGUAAAUACUCGUUCCCCUGAGGCCUUUUAUUGUUGAUAGUUUUUUGUUCUCAGCAUCGCUCUGAGCUGAACACAUCUGAAUAGAAACUUUCGCUUUCCUGGUCUUCCUGUUUCUUUGUUUCCUUUUUUUAAAACCGCUAUAUGUCUAGUGUUGUGAGGCUCAGCUCACGGGGGAAUUCCGACUGUAGGACGAAGUUCACAAACAAUGAUGCGGACGGUGUGUGACGCAGUAUUAAAAGAGUUAGGUCCUGUUAGUGUGAAAUCUCACUCGCUCUCAUUUUAUUCACCUGUAUUUAAAAUGUGGUGGGGUUGUUUUUUUCUUUUUUCCACCUUUUUAGAAACGCAACAAACUGUUUGUGAAAGUCUUGUCGGUCAAUACGUGGAUCUGUGAAUCUGACAACUGUUGUAUAAGCAUGACUGAUGUACUAUGUCCCUGUUCUCUUUUCGUAGUUUCUCAUUCGAGUGGCAUUAGGGCUGUGUACAAAACAUCUCUCUUCGUCCGGCACCCACAGGUCCCACAUUGUUUCUGUAAAGCUCAGGGAGAUUAGCCGCCAUCUUUCUCUUGUUUUUUUUUGUAUUUAGACCACUUUUCUCUGUGACAAUUACAGAGGCUGUAAAUAAACAUUUGACUUUGCUAUCCAA